AUGACUUCAAACGAUACGGACCAAACCUCAACAGCAUCCUACAAAGCCGCCGGCUUCAGCAAUCGAAUUGGAUGGGUGAGCAGUUCUCAGAACAAACUUCCCAUUCCUAUAAGAAAUAUCGCUAAGCCAUCCCCAAGGGCGCCAACCCCGCGCUCCUCCUGGUAGACGUCUGCAAAGCCUACUUCACCCCCGGUUCCCCGCUAGAUUGUUCCUCCUACCCACCCGCCGCUGCUGCCCCACAGCAUAUGAAAACUCUCGUCUCCUCCGCACGGAAGGGAGGCGUCCCCAUAAUCUGGACAACCUGUCGCUACGAAAACCCGGACAUGUCCGAUGCAGGCAUCUUCUACCAAAAAGCCAAAGUAAUAGACAUCUGGCAUGUUAACGACACGAGAGGAUUGGGGGAUUGGAUGGAAGGGUUGGAACCUCACGAAAAGGAAGGGGAUGUGGUGAUCAAAAAGACGCAUCCGAGUGCUUUUUUCGCCACGACGUUGGCGACGCAGUUGACUGGAAUGCGGGUGGAUACGUUGGUUGUAUGCGGUGUUAGUACGAGUGGAUGUGUACGAGCUACGGCUAUGGAUGCGAUGUGUUUGAACUUCCGACCGAUGAUAGUAGGGGAGGCGUGUGGAGAUCGUGGGGAGAGAGUGCACGAGGGGAACCUUUUUGAUAUGGAUGCGAAGGUUGGAGAUGUUGUUGGGUUGGAAGAGGCGGUGGAGAAGUUGGAGAUGGGAUGGUCAAGAAUGUGA